GCGGAACCUUGCGCCCGGCUUUCGCAGCUUUUCCAUGGUUCGACAUCCUUGCGAGCGGUUCAUCUCUGCGUUCACCUACACUCUCACGGUGGCCCCAGAGCCCGAGCUACGCUGGCAUCACAAGAAUAUCGGAGCCAGGAAUUUGACCGCCUAUGUGGCUUCGAGUGACUUCGGUGGUGAUGUGUUCUGGAGAUUCUUGCACUUCCAGCCACAGCACUCGUUUCUCUUUUUCGCCAACAAGACUUUCGGCGUGGAUCUCCUGCUGUGCCAAGACAACUGGACAAACAGCAUCCAGAGAUUGCGGGAGUACAUGAAGCCUACAGCGAUCCCUCCGUUUAGACACACCUACGCACGCAGCACUACGCACUCGAAAUGCUCUGACUUUCCAAACGAAACGCGUCAGAGAAUCGAGAAAGCCUACGCAAUGGACAUGUGCCUGUUUUAUCCAACUGACGCUCCAACGGCAUGCAGUGGCUUGUCUGCGCAAGAACUGACCGCACGUUACCAGACGUGCAAGUCUCGCGUGUCGGGCAAAAGGAUGAGUAGCCGCGAUGCCACUUGCUGUCACUUGGAGCGCCUUCCACCACGCCUCCGAUCGCAAAUCAGAAAUACGAAGUGGAAAAUCAACAACCAUCCGAAUUCCACGGCAGGUCAAAGGGACCCAGAGCGGUCCGAGAGCAAACUCCAUAUCUCCACAGCAGCUAGCACCAGCUUCCAGAACAGUCAGUGCCAGAGCAUGGCGCUUCGAAGCCGUCGGCGAAAAGACGAGGCCGGCGAGGCCCAGUCCGACCACGAGACGCUCUUUCCUGUCUUGAAAGCCUUCGAUGGCUCGGUGAUCAACAGGGCAGCCUACCGACAAGACUUCGGCCAACUCAGCCGCAAAAACAAAGCAAUCUUCGUGCAUGUGCCGAAGACCGGUGGAAGCACGAUCGAGGACUCCCGGCUCUUCGAAGAUGCCCAGAAAUUUCACAACACCAAGGGCCACAGUGAGGCGGAAGUGCUGAGAGGACGAGCUCCCAGCUUUCGGAGCUUCACCAUGGUGCGACACCCCUGCGAGCGCUUCGUGUCCGCGUGGACAUAUGUUCACACGACAGAUGCACCGAAGCCGGAGCGGCAAUGGUACCGGGAGCACUUUGGGGAAGGCAACCUCACCACCUACGUUGCCUCGAAGUUCUUCGGCAGUCGCACCUUCCACGACUUUUUGCAUUUCAUGCCGCAGCACAAGUUUGUCUUCUUCCACAACAAGACGUUUGGAGUGGAUCUCCUUCUGUGUCAAGACAACUGGACGAGAAGUAUCGAGAGGUUGCGCGAGUACUUGAAGCCCGUAGUGGUCCCGGCAGAAAUCGAUGGGCGGCACACGCUGAAGACGACACAUUCUAAAUGCUCUGACCUGCCAAAUGAGACACGUCAGAGGAUCGAGAAAGCCUUUUCGCUGGACAUGUGCGUCUUUUAUCCAGCUGAUGCUCCAACUGCCUGCAGUGGUUUGUCUCCGCAGGUGCGUGACGCAGCUGCAGAGGCAAGUUGCAAACUGUUGAAGGUAUGCUGGAUGUACUUCCUGAGAUAUGCUGAGAGUCGGCGCUUGAUGAAGCUGUAUCGUAGCUGGGCGGACGUCCACUGGCUCCGCUCUCGGCUGACUGCGGCAUGGCAGGCCUGGCUCCAGUGGUUCCGCAAACGCGGGAAGGUGGUGGCCAUGCGCAGCGCCCCGCAGCUGCUGGCGGCCUGGCGUUGGCUCCGAGUCCACGCAGCCUGCUCUGCCCAUGGGCAGUUCAUGCGCAGGCCGCAACUUCCCAUUGAUGCGGCGGUUGCACCAUGGCAGCCCGUGGCCGCCGAGCUGCUCUUCGGCCCGGCCCCCUUCGACGUCCACCCGCACCACAUGCAGGCCAUGCAGCAAAGCUUGCUGAUCCUGUUUCGAAGCGCAUUGCUGAAGAAGAUCUUCGGUUCCUGGCUGACAGAGGCUGCGAAGACCGCUGGCUUCUCUCGUCGUGCCUUAGAGCGCCAUCGCUGCUGCUGGCUCCACGCUUGGAAGGCCCAGGCUUCUGUCGGCCGUCAGCUGCGCGACCGUCAGCAAAGUUUGGUCGCGAAGAGAGUGGGACGCUCGCGAUUGCUUGCCCUGCAAAGCUGGAGAAUGAGGUCGCAGCAGAGAGUGCAGCAGCGACAGCGGGUUCGCGACUUCAAUGUGGCGAUCCGGCGGCGGACCGGCCGGAGGUUCCUCGCGGCCUGGCUUCGGCUGCAAAGGGACGAGGCCUUCGCACGCCGGGCGCAGCAGCGGAGGCUGCGCUGCAAGUUCCAGGCCUGGGUGGCCCAGUGGCAGAACAACCGACAGGAGAAGGCGCUGCUCCACCUGUCGGCGCUGUGCCUCCGAAGGCGCAGUCUCCAGGGUGGCUUGCAUGCCCUUCGCCUCCAGGUCCAAAGACAAGCGAGGCGGCGAGCGCAUCACAAGGUCCUCGACCGGGCCGCGGCGGCUCGCCACCAGCUCCUGGAGGCUUGUUGGGCGGCUUUGGUGAACCACGCAGAGCAGCAGCGGCUCAGAAAGCUGUAUCAAAGUUGGGCGGAUGUACACCGCCUUCGUGCGAUGCUGGCAACUUCGUGGCAGGCAUGGCUCAGCUGGUUCCGCAAGCGCGGCAAGGUGGUGGCCAUGCACAGCGCCCCGCAGCUGCUGGCGGCCUGGCGCUGGCUCCGAGUCCACACAGCUUGCUCUGGACAUGGUCAGAGGGUGUGCAGGCUGCAACUUCCAGAUGCCGCUGCGGCUUCCCCAUGGCAGCCCGUGGCCGCCGAGCUGCUCUUCGGCCCGGCCCCCUUCGACGUCCACCCGCACCACAUGCAGGCAGUGCAACCAGCCCUGCUGGUGCUUUUUGCAAGCGCUCUUCUCAAGAAGAUCAUGCUUUCCUGGCUUGCUCAGGUGCAUGACAUGGCGGUUCUCCUUGAACAAGCCCAACAGGGCGCACUGAGACGAUGCAUAAGGGGAUGGCAGGCUCUAUCGAUUUUCUGCAGACGUCGUCGAGUCCACGAGAGUGCCGUUGCUGUGGCCCAGGAGCGAGGAAGCCAACUCUUUGAUGAGUGGAAGCAGUCCUGCGGUGCGCAGAUGUUGACGGCUUGGGCGGAGGCCGCACGGUCCAUGGCCAUGCAGGAGACUCGCCGGUUGCUGCAGGCAGAUGAUAUUCGCCGACGCUCCCGCCGAAAGGCGGCAGGCAGAGCUUUUGCCGAGUGGAGCACAGCUGUGCGGGUUCGAUGCGAAGCUGCGAAUGCUGCCCGCAUCCGAAAGGUCUUUGCGAGCUGGCACUUGGCCGUCCAGGAGCAGGCAUUGCUGCAGAAGUACCUGCAGGAGUGCGCUUCCGUCACGUUGCAGGGAUCUGACCGGAUAGCACAGACUACCCGACCAAGCGAUCUGGAGCAAGUCUAUCGGGAGAUGGCAGAGCUCCGGUGGGAU